UUCUAAUUAAUUGUAAAUAAUAAACUGAAUUUAUACUUCUCUAGUUUUAUUAUUAGACACGAUUUAUAGUGCAAUAGUGAGAAAUGUCUGUAGCCAUCGAACCGGAGGGCUACUGUACCGAACACAGUUGUACCUGCGGCCCUCCCCCAAAGCGCCGUCGCGUACGCAGAGUGACUAUUCUAGACUUGCUGAACGUGGACCUGGUCCGGAGCGCCAUAUUUGACUAUGUGCCUUUGGGGGACCUGCUGCGCUCCGAGCUAGUCUGCCAACGGUGGCGGAGCGCUGUACAGCAUUAUUUGAGAGGCGCCCGCCGCAUCCGCUCCAAGCUGCACAUCACGUCCCCCUGGCACCCGCCGCCCCCCCGCCUGUGCCGCUGCCAGCGCCUCCUCCCCCUCGACGAGAGCCGCGACUCCUGGUACUGCUCCUCGCUGUACACGUGGGGCGCGGCCGUGGAGGCGGCGCCCUGCACCGCCGCGAGCUUCGAGGAGGUUGUGGGACACUGCCCCAAUAUACGGGAGCUUACGUUUUACGGAUUUCCAGACCGGGAAGUAGUGAAAGACAGCGUUGAUAUCGGAAGGCUACGGAACCUGAAACGGGUCGCAUUCAGGAAUCUCAUCAUGGAGGAUGAGGACAGGGAACAGGUCACCGAUGAAGACGUCACUAUACUCCUCGAAAGCAAUAAAAUCGACGAACUGACCAUAAUAGGAAACGACCAAAUUACGGGCAGUUUCCUAAAACACCUAAAAACUAAUCUAACAUCACUGCGACUCAGAAACUGUCCAAAUUUAGACUAUAAACAUCUCCUUUCGGUAUUAGAUAGUUUAAAAGAUGUAACUGUAUUAGAUUUAUCAAGAAAUUCCGCAGAUAUUUUAAAGAAUGUCCACCUACUAUUAGAUGGGAUGCCAAAAUUGGAACAUUUGGAGUUGUGCGGUUAUGAGAAGGUGGAGUUGGACGGGCAGUUGAAAUCGCAUGUACGGUUGGAGCACUUGAAGCAUCUGAAUUUGAGGAGGAACAGAAAUGUGAACGACGAUUGGUUGGAAACUAUAGCGAGGGGGCAUAAACUGAUUACGUUUGAUGUGUCGUAUUGUAAAGGUGUGACUAUGACGGGCUUGACAGAAGUGUGUGAGUCGUCGAAAUCGAUGAGCGAGCUCGCGAUAGCCGACAACGACGACGUGUCAGACGAGGACGUCGAGACCAUCAUACGGCUCCUUCCCUUCCUUACGAUCCUGAACAUCCAGAAGUGCCGCGGCGUGACGGCGGACCUGGUGGUGUACCUGGCGCGCAUCAUGCGCCGGCGCAACCGCUGGCGGCUGCCCGCCCUGCGCCUGCGCCUCUACGGCACCGUCGUGCCCGACGCCAUGCCGAUGGUAUAUUCGUUUAUUCUGGACUUCGCAAAGGGCACGCAGCUCGACCCAAAACCUAGCCCUUACUUAGGUUUUUGAUUCACUCUACUAGUUCAAAUAUACAGGGUGAAUUUCCAACGACCACUCUGUCAUGGGAUAAUGUGCAAAACUCACUAUGGUACAGUCAACUGUAUAAAUAUGGGUGCAGCCAACUUAUUCAAAAAUAUGUCCCAUAGUUCUUAAUUCGCAGACAUAAGAGCUAUGGGACAUAUUUUAGAGAUGAUUUGUGCACCCAUAUUUUUACAGUUGACUGUAUCAUUCUAAACCGGC